GAGCGAACCGAGGGUUUCACUGAAGGCGGAGUAGUUUGUUCUGACGUCCUGACAGUGAGCCCACCUCUUCCUGUCGGUGUCAGGAGGCAACUUCACCAUAUUUAGCUGGUUCGCCGAAGCCCAGCAGAGUUGAUCUGUCAACCCGGACCGAGAAGCCCGAGACGUGUCGGCGGAUACAACCCGGCGCUGACAGCUCGAUUUCGGCUGCGGGACGCGAACCGCACGGGACGACGUCGCGGGGGCCUCGGUGCUCGGAGAGCAGGGGGGGGGGCCGAGUCAGCGGCUGUUUUCAACCCGAGAAAAAGUCGCCGUCGUCUGUCAGAAUUCCAACUAUCCCAGCCGAGCUAGCUAAGAGCCGUAGCCAGCCCUCCGGGACGCUCGCCGCGCCGCAGACACGGAUUAACGUGGCCCGUGUUCGGAUGUGUGUAGCGAUUGAUUUGGACUCUGUGACCCCCGCGGUGAUGAUCUCCUGACGGCUCCUCUCGUCCGCUCCAGCUACUUUCCUCCACAGCCCGGCUAGCGAGCUAACUUGGCUAACUAGCAACUGCCACAGCGUCGCGUCGAGGAGCCAGCAGCUCCUCCGCCGUGGCACUGAACCCCGACUGGAAACGUUGACCGUGUCCGGGGACGCGGAACGGAACGACUCCCCGGGCCGGCGAAACGAAACCCACCGUACCGAAGAGAAGGGGGGGCUCCGCCGGUUUGACAGCCCGCAAGGGAGGAGGAGGAGGAGGAGGGGGAAGCUAACCGAGAGCGGGGCACUGCAGAGGCGGUGCGCUGCCGGAGGAGACACCGGACUGAACGGAGGAAGAGUCCCGAACAUUUGACAACUGUGAUCCGGGAAGUGAACCGGGCAGAGACCUCAUGAAUGGAAAUCGGAACUACAGGAGCCGUUGGGGCCCAGUCCCUGUUCUCCAUGCCUCGGCGGCCUGGCUAUGGCACCAUGGGGAAGCCCAUCAAGCUGCUGGCCAACUGCUUCCAGGUGGAGAUCCCCAAGAUGGAUGUUUACCUCUACGAGGUGGACAUCAAGCCUGACAAGUGUCCACGGCGAGUCAACAGGGAGGUGGUCGACUCGAUGGUGCAGCACUUCAAGGUGACAAUCUUUGGGGAUCGCAGGCCAGUGUACGAUGGAAAGAGGAGCCUGUACACAGCCAACCCUCUACCUGUGGCACCUGCAGGGGUGGACCUGGAUGUCACUCUACCAGGAGAGGGAGGGAAAGAUCGUCCCUUCAAAGUUUCCAUCAAGUUCGUGUCUCUGGUCAGCUGGCACAUGCUCCAUGAGGUGCUGACUGGCCGCAGCAUGCCUGAGCCUCUGGAGCUGGACAAACCCAUCAGCACCAACCCUGUUCAUGCAGUGGACGUGGUCCUGCGACACCUGCCAUCCAUGAAGUAUACUCCAGUGGGUCGAUCCUUCUUCUCGGCUCCAGAGGGCUAUGACCAUCCCCUGGGAGGCGGGAGGGAGGUUUGGUUUGGCUUCCAUCAAUCUGUGCGGCCCGCCAUGUGGAAGAUGAUGCUCAACAUUGACGUUUCUGCCACUGCAUUCUACAAGGCCCAGCCUGUCAUCCAGUUCAUGUGUGAAGUGCUGGACAUCCACAACAUAGACGAGCAGCCCCGCCCUCUCACGGACUCGCACCGCGUCAAAUUCACCAAAGAAAUCAAAGGUUUAAAGGUGGAGGUGACACAUUGUGGAACCAUGCGGAGGAAGUACCGCGUCUGCAACGUGACCCGUCGGCCUGCGAGCCAUCAAACGUUCCCUCUGCAGUUGGAAAACGGUCAGACUGUGGAGCGCACUGUAGCCCAGUACUUCAGAGAGAAGUACAACCUGCAGCUCAAGUACCCACAUUUACCCUGUCUACAAGUGGGCCAGGAGCAAAAGCACACCUACCUGCCCCUGGAGGUGUGUAACAUUGUAGCAGGUCAACGAUGCAUCAAGAAGCUGACGGAUAAUCAGACCUCCACGAUGAUCAAAGCCACAGCUCGCUCCGCACCCGACAGACAAGAGGAGAUCAGCAGGCUGGUGCGCAGUGCCAACUACGAGGCCGACCCCUUCGUGCAGGAGUUCCAGUUCAAAGUGCGCGACGAGAUGGCCCACGUGACGGGGCGAGUGCUACCCGCCCCCAUGCUGCAAUACGGCGGCAGGGUGAGCACAGAGCACUUUAUGAACCGCACCGUAGCCACGCCCAGCCACGGGGUGUGGGACAUGAGGGGGAAGCAGUUCCACACCGGGGUGGAGAUCAAGAUGUGGGCCAUCGCCUGCUUCGCCACACAGAGGCAGUGUCGGGAAGAAAUCCUGAAGGGUUUCACGGACCAGCUACGUAAAAUCUCUAAGGAUGCGGGGAUGCCAAUCCAAGGUCAGCCAUGUUUCUGUAAAUACGCCCAGGGAGCGGACAGCGUGGAGCCCAUGUUCAGACACCUGAAGAACACGUACGCCGGGUUGCAGCUCAUCAUCGUCAUUCUGCCGGGAAAGACUCCUGUCUACGCGGAGGUGAAGCGUGUGGGAGACACCCUCCUUGGCAUGGCCACACAGUGUGUUCAGGUGAAGAACGUGGUGAAGACGUCCCCUCAGACCCUCUCCAACCUCUGCCUCAAGAUCAACGUGAAGCUGGGAGGCAUCAACAACAUCCUGGUGCCUCAUCAACGACCGUCAGUGUUUCAGCAGCCAGUUAUCUUCUUGGGAGCAGAUGUCACACAUCCACCUGCGGGAGACGGGAAGAAGCCUUCAAUAGCAGCAGUGGUCGGCAGUAUGGACGCCCACCCCAGCAGGUACUGUGCCACUGUACGGGUCCAGAGGCCCAGGCAAGAGGUCAUCCAGGACCUGGCCUCCAUGGUGCGGGAGCUGCUCAUCCAGUUCUACAAGUCAACUCGCUACAAGCCCACCAGGAUCAUUUUCUACAGGGACGGAGUUUCAGAAGGCCAGUUCAGACAGGUGCUGUAUUAUGAGCUGCUGGCCAUUCGUGAGGCCUGUAUCAGCCUGGAGAAGGAGUACCAGCCAGGCAUCACCUACAUUGUUGUACAAAAACGCCACCAUACACGCCUCUUCUGUGCCGACCGCAACGAAAGAGUUGGACGUAGUGGAAACAUUCCCGCUGGUACUACCGUGGAUACGGACAUCACCCAUCCCUACGAGUUUGACUUUUACCUCUGCAGUCACGCUGGAAUACAGGGCACCAGUCGGCCCUCCCACUACCAUGUACUGUGGGAUGACAAUUGUUUUACCGCUGAUGAGUUCCAGCUGCUCACAUACCAGUUGUGCCACACCUACGUGCGCUGUACCCGCUCAGUCUCCAUCCCUGCGCCAGCCUAUUACGCCCACCUGGUGGCCUUCCGUGCCCGCUACCAUCUGGUGGACAAAGAACAUGACAGCGCUGAGGGCAGCCACGUGUCUGGUCAGAGUAACGGUCGGGACCCACAGGCGCUGGCCAAAGCAGUUCAGAUUCACCACGACACCCUGAGGACCAUGUACUUCGCCUGAGCUACCACCAACCCUCCCCAGUCAUUGCCACCCUUCUCACACACAUACACACACACACACACACACACACACACACACACACACAGACGCAUCCGUGCACGCCUGGCAUGCCAGUCAAGGAGUCCUCAUAGGUGCGAGUCCCACCCAACACACGCCUAGUCAAUCCGGACCUGACACUGUGCAGAGGAGAGCAGGGAGGAGGGAGGGGAGGAGGCACACCCACACUGGACUGAGGAUGCAAACGUGGCUUUAAAAACAAACAAGAGAGAAACUCAGCACUAUUAUGCAAUAUUAAACCAGCCAACCAGUUUAUUUUCACCCUCAUCAGGCCCCUUUUCAUCGCCCCCUUCCCUCUGUUCUCCCUGUUCGUCUCCUUUACUCGUGGCCUAGUGGGUGUGUUUCUUGUUUGUACCUUUCCCCUCCUUUCGCACAGUCUCUCUUUAUGACCUACUAAUCUGCUCCUUUGCCAUUUAUAGUACCUCAAUUCAGUUUGAGCAGCAGCACUUUUACAUUCUGUCAGUUCCACUGCAGUUUGUUGUUAAUUCUCCCCAGUGUUUGAUAAGAGGGAGCAGAGAAGGAGGCGUCAGACUCUGGAGUUGUUCAAUCGUGUUUUUGAUUUCUUUUGGAAUUUAGCUAAUUCAUUUGGCCGGAGGUCCUGCCAGUUGCCACUUUUAUUAUUUUUUUUCCUCUUGUUUCCUCUUUUCUGUCACUUUUCACUAGUGUGUGAAUUCACCAGUUACGUGUAUGGAGCACCAUGUUCUUUUGAGCACACUGCCACCUGUUGGCGACGAGGUAUAAUUGCCCCCUUAAAGUUUUAUCAUGUAGUUGUAACGUUUUAGAUCAGUUUUGUCUUUAACAGUCAGAUGUCACAUUUAAACGGGGGCAGUUUAUAUUGGCUGAUAUAUCAAUUGCUUAAUUGCAGCCAUAUAUGGAUUUUAUUUAAAGUAUAACACUGUUAUUUCUCCUUCUACUUUAUGGACAUUAUGUUUUUAAUCAUUUAAACAUGUAAUCCUAUGUUUUUAAUCUUUGUAGUCAUGCAUUCAUUUCCCUCAGUGCUUUAUCUCACGUUUCCCUCUCUUGAGUUUGAGAUGGUGGUUAAAUAGAGAUCAUGUCGAUGGUUUCCUCCAGUGCAAUAAUCAGUUGAACGAAGGGAAGAGGAUUUUAGGGGACGUACACGACUCAAAAGAACAGUCACACAUUCUAUUUGAAAGUGAGAGUCCUCGAUAGAUGAGAUGUUUGCCACUUGCUAGAAACGUUGAUGAUUGAUCAGCACGUUUUACGAGUUUGCCUUUUCUGCUGGGCAAAAAACCCUCAAACGGUUCAACUGCAGUUUGUGAUUUUCAUGUUUUUACUUGAAUUGAAGGAUUUUAUGCGCCUCUGUGGUUUGAGAUCAUUUUUAUCAUCAAUGGGCAUAAUUUCAGAAUUCCUGAUUAUCAGUUUGCCAGUGAGGCUGAUUUUCUUAAUUCUUUUACAAUUACCCAUUUUUGGAGAACAAAGCUUUUCACCCGACAGCAGCAAAGAGUCUAAAGGCCAUAAAGAGGUAGUAUUCAAGUGCCUGGUGGAAGUUUAAGUGUUUGAUGGUCAAAAGCUGUACAACCUAUUAUUAUAUGGAUCCUGUUUUAGUGGGUAAAAGAAUCAAAUAGAAAGUUUCACCUGAUGCCUCUUAUUCUUCUCAACAACCGUCUACUGACUUUUCUAUACAUCUCAUUCAAAUCAUCCUAAGAUCUCUAUAUUUAUUAUGUUUGCCUGUUCAACAGUGUUCGCUGUUGGCUUUGCUUCCGAGCAGCGUUCAAGCAAAGCAGGCCGAGUUGUCUUUUGCUAAAUAUUCACCAGAUAUGGAUCCAGCUGCUACAGUGUGGGCCGGGGUUCAUGGACACGGAGUCGCCCUCUUAAUAAACCGAUUCUCUGUCAGAAAACCUCCAGAUACAGAACGAGGUUCAACUCCUGUCCAUGCAACCGGCCCAAAAGUUGAGACCGGCUUCGGAGCGGAGCCGAGGAGCCGAGUGGAUGACCGACCUUUGCAGCAGAAGUAGAGCUGACCGAUCCAAAUCGUUUGUCUGGAUCGCUGUCGCCACUUAGCUCCUCGGCCCCGCUGACGACCUGAAGCUCGUCCAGGGGGAUGUUUUUAAUCUGCACUAAAAGAAGCGUGUGUUUCGGGACUGAACACAGGCGUGGUGCUACUCAUUCUGAAUUAGAAUCUGAAGCUGAACCUCUUUAGGAGACUGUACAGGAGCAGGUGGGAAGGGUAGAAAAUGGUAAACCUCAGUCAGCGAAGGACAGGGGAAGGUCUCACUGCUGCGGACUUGGUUGUUGCGGUCAACGUUGAGAAUCCGCAAAUGGUACAAUGACAGCCGUGCUCUUGGACAGUGAGGUAUAAUGUAGGGUCCUAUAUCCGCUGUUGCAUUCGACUGCCUUUCGUAGGCGAGCCUUCUAGUGUGGAAGCCAGUGAGUUUGAGCCUUCAUGAUUUCACUAGUGUCUGAAAGCCUUUUUAAAAAGCCAGAUCGAAAGUAUAUUUGUACAUUUUAAAUUAUGUAAUGCACACCACUUAUUUUUGCUAACAGAAAAAAACAAUGUAGUCUAAUUAUUAAUCUUAGUAAUAAAUGUAUCACAAUACGUAAUGGUUAAAAAAACGGUAUAAUAACAAAGAUCUAUCAUUGCAAUAGACUGUUGACUUGUUCCUGUGUCACUGUAUAAUGUAUAGUGUAUGUGUGAACAGUGGUGGGGUUGUUGAAACUAGUGAUUUGUGUGUUUGGACUGUCAAACUGUUAUCGAUAGGGACGUGGACUUAAACCGCCUCUUGCUUUAAUAUUUGGUAAAAAAAAGCUGCAAGAUGUCGAGCGCUUAUUAUUUUAGAUGUUUGUACGGUGAAGGGUUUGUCGUAGAAGAAGUAUACUGAACUCUGAAAGGCUUUUGUAUUAAGACAUCACAUCUCUCGACAAACCGUAGAAUAGAAGAAGAGUCGGUCGAUUUCAUGAACUUCUGCUCCUGAAUGUUCUCUGCUUUUCUUCACCUGGUGCUGACGCCUGCUGCUUUAUCAAGGGUGGAGAGAGGAGAAGGAAACAGGCGAGUGGUUUAGGAAGAGUCGCUGACCCAUUUCAAGGACACGUGAUCAGAAAACGGCGUAACGAGGGGCGGUGGUUCUCCAAUCCUUCAGUGUUAAAGCCUCAAGGGGAGGAUUUAAGUCGGAAUUACAACCUCUUGUUGCUCUUCCACAGACUCCUCUCCUCGACCCGAGCCCCUUCAUGUGCUCGCAAAUACAAAGACGUGCUGGCCUCCCGGUAAAUCUGUUGUGUGACAAAGCCUGUAAUCUCAUUGUCGUCUCUCCCCUUUGCUCCCCAACAUUUACUCCCCUGUGCCAGAGGACUUCAUUCCACGGUCGCACUUUCCCAGUCCGAUCCCCCUGGGAGGCGUAAAGAAGAAAACAAAGAUUGGAGCGGAAAGACGAUGUAGUGGCUUCUGUGAUUAAUUCAAGUGUGUAUGUGUUUGGGAGGAAUCAAAGCCCAAGUCAGUGUUGGCUUUGUCAGUAUGUGGCAGGUUGUGUUGGAAGUAGAACGAGUCUGAAGGUUGAUUGAGAGUUGGAGUCCGUCUCGCCAUCUCCGCUGUCAGUCAUGGAUGUUCGGUUUGCGUACGAACGACGCUCUUUGGGGUUGAACACAUGUUUACAUAGCAGAUGUGUUCGCCUUGCGUACAACUGAAAUGUCAUCGGCUCCGCUUUUGCAAAUAUAGGCGAGUAGAGAAGUGACCCGACAUGAGCUAAAUCAUCUGAGGCCUGUGGAAGUGAACGCUCGAAGGGAUACGAAGACUAUUUAUUUGGCUGAUUGUUUUUUUUUUUGUUUGCAAAGCAGGAUGACAGCCUUGUUUGUCCUUCGAGUUCUAUUAUUAAAACGACUUGUUGGAUUGGAUUGAAGUAAAAACAGGUCCACACAGCUUGCAGCGAGCUGUGGCCUUUAGCUCUGAAUUAGGAUUGUUACCAAUACAGACGAUGUCUUUGAAGGAAAAUAACCAAAUUAACUUGUAAAAAAAAAAAAAAAAGUCAGUGUCUCCUUUUUUAAAAAAGAAAUCAAAUUUAAAACGGUGUAUUCCGAGUAAAUCGAUCAACGGCCCUGAUUUUGGUUGCUCUGUGUUUGCGGUGGAAAGUAGCAAUGGAUUGAGAAAAAGUCCACAGAAAGUGCCUUUCCUCUUGAUGGUGCUGUCAAUUGAAAGAUGAAAUGUAAAAGAAAAAGAAUCUCCUUUUCAAGAACACAACGCAGGAGUGUCUGCAUCUUACACACACGCACUGUACAUGUUAGUGUUUUUAGAGAUGGCGAUGCAAUCUCGUGUAUUUGGACAUUAAGCCUAUGUAGAGACAAUAUUAUGCCAAGUAUAUGGUUGUGGUUGAGCUUUCGCUUAUAGUGCAUUUUAGUGUCUUGGACCAAUGGUGUCGUUGGUACAGUGGAAUGUGUGUUGGUGUGGGUGGGGGGGUCACACUAGCGUGGCGUGACGCAGCCCGGCCCAUGAAUGACAAACAUAGCACAGCACUUUAUAGAGACUGCCACUCUCACUAUAGACGCAUAGCCAAGAGUUUUCAAUCUCCACUCCCUCCAGUCCCCCUUCUUCCUCCCGCUCGGGGAGGAGGAGGAGCGGAUCCAGACCUCAGUGUACAUGAGGAGUCGAAGGGAUGCGUGUGUGUGUGUUCAGCAGUCGGUCAUUAAAAGUGUGCCUCAUGCUCUUGUGACUUUGUUGUUGGCUCGGUUUAGUCAGCCUGCUCUGGUGAGGUGGUUUUCCCUCUGGAACAGCCACUCGACACUGUUACGACCACAGGGCUGGGUGUCAAACAAAUAUCAGCGCCUCACAAAGUUUUGGCGUCAACAUUUUUAAAAAGUUCAGAGAAUGAACAGGUCCAGAACUUUUUACGGUAGAUGUUUUGCACUGAGGAAUCAAGGUUUUCUUAUUGAAGGGCAUUUUUAUUAAGGAAGAGCAACAGACGCAGGAUUUAAAUCUGUUAGGAAAAAAGCGCGAAUGACCGAAAACAAGUUUCAUUUUUUUAAAGAGAAAUCCACAGAACCGGUGUCAGUAUUGAAACUCUCCUCUCGAUGCCCAGCCCUGGUAACAGCCCGUGGCAUUCUGUCAUCUCAGUGCAAUGCCCUGCCAUGUAUCCUGCCCCUGACGGAGGGAACCUGUGCCGUGUGUCGACUGAAAACCGACGGUGGUCUGUAGUUCUGUGGGAACCUUUUCAGUCCAGGGGGGUGAAAUCUUUCUAUUACAAGAUAUCUCAAAUAAAAAAAACAAAACACUGCACCUCACUUACCUUGGUAUGCUGCAUAUGUUAUACUACAUGAAAGAAAAACUGCAAAUUGCUUUUAUUAUGACAUAUAAUGCUUGAGUAAUGCCUGAUUGCGAUAUUCUUAUACGGUAACUAUUUUAGAGUCAAACUAAGUAUAACUGUAAAAAAAAUAUUCUGUUUUUGUCUUAACACUUAUCCAA